CACGUCAGAAUACGUUUCUCUUCAUGCCGGUAACGGAGCUACGCAUGUACUGUACCUGAAAAGAGGACUAAACUUUAAACAUUGUACGGUAGUUUUUACGGUGGUUUAAUCACUUCUUGUGCUUACGCGCUGUUACAAUGAUAAUAACCUGUAUUUAAUCGGUUGUACGGCCUAACGGGGUAUCACGAAAGGAAACAGCUGCUGCAGUAAGUACUUGCAUUAAUUUGCCCCACCUCUACAACAGCGGCAGCCGGGUGAGGAGGAGACGAGCGCACCGGACGAGACGCCAUGGCCUUCCUCUCCCGGCGCGGCUCCUAACGCGCGGCGGCGGCCAUGGCCCUGCCCCUGCAGCUCCUGCUGAGGGCUGCCCGCACAGUGGGCCUCGUUCUCUUCUACUACGCCUUCUCCAUCGGCAUCACCUUCUACAACAAGUGGCUCAUGAAGGGCUUCCACUUCCCCCUCUUCAUGACGCUGGUGCACCUCGUCAUGAUCUUCUGCCUGUCGGCUCUGACUCGCUCCGCCAUGCAGGGCUGGACAGGCAAGCCCCGCGUGCUGCUGUCCUGGACACAGUACCUCACCAAGGUGGCUCCCACAGCUGUGGCCACGGCCCUGGAUAUUGGCCUGUCCAACUGGAGCUUUCUGUUCAUCACCAUCAGCCUGUACACAAUGACCAAGUCUUCAGCUGUUUUGUUUAUCCUCUUCUUCUCACUUGUCUUCAGACUAGAGGAGCCGAACCCAUUCCUGAUUGUAGUAGUGCUCCUGAUUGCCAGCGGUCUCUUCAUGUUCACUUACGAGUCAACCCAGUUUAACAUGGAAGGCUUCGUGCUGGUUUUGUUGGCUUCAUUCAUUGGAGGAAUCCGCUGGACCCUCACGCAGAUCCUCAUGCAGAAGGCAGAGCUGGGAUUGCAGAACCCAGUGGACACCAUGUACCAUCUGCAGCCCCUCAUGCUUAUCGGACUCUUUCCACUCUUCCUCUACAAUGAAGGGCUGAGUCUGUGUGUGUCUGACAAGCUGUUCCGGGUCAGUGAACUGCCCCCCCUGCUCUACUCCUUACUGACCUUGUCUGUAGGAGGGUGCCUGGCUUUUGGGCUGGGCUUCUCCGAGUUUCUGCUCGUUUCCAAAACCUCCAGCCUCACCCUCUCCAUAGCCGGCAUCUUCAAGGAAGUGUGCACACUGCUGCUGGCUGCAGCACUCAUGGGAGACAGGAUGAGUCUUGUUAACUGGUUGGGCUUUGCCGUCUGUCUCUCGGGCAUCUCUCUUCAUGUGGGGCUCAAGACCUAUUACUCCAAGGGAAAGGUCUCCCAGAGCCGACUGCAGACCAGUAAAGGUGGGGCUCCUGAACUGGAGCUGCCCCUCCUGCACCACAGUGAAGGAGAAGAGGAGGGUGAUGAGCGGGAGAUCGUACACUGAGGAAGACUCUGCCAGGAUCAUGUCUAGCUUGGUACGGUGAAGAGUCUUGCAGGCUCCCGAUUUCAGGACCCUGAGAAGAAUUUUUCAGUCAUAGCUUGUCCGCCCCUGUGCUGGACAGAUGUCUCUGAGCCCUGGGUAACAGGAUUUGAACAGUCUGGGUCUUGUUGAGUCUGUGUCCAUUAGAUAAACCGCAAGGCACUUUGCUGCUUGGUGGGGAUUUUGCCUUAUAAUGACUUAAAUGCCAAAAAUGGUAACUAACUGUAGGCCUGGUCUGUGUGGCAGAUCAGGUGCUGACUUUCACAUUUUGCCAUUAUUACUUUCAAGUACAGGGGACUGGUUUUACCAAGGCUAAACCAUUUUUCUCUCCUGUAUCCAAUUACCUCAUUUUAUUGGUGAGUGUUUUUAAGUGGAACCAGAGAAAUAAUAGAUAUUUUUUUGCUGCUGUUAAAUGUAAGUAUGAGAAAUGAUACUUCACAGAAAGUAUAAACCUCGCAAAUACAAUGGUGAUUUGCUAUUAUGUUUAUUUGCUUUUGUCUGAUUUUUACCUCUUUGCAUGUAUAACUGAACUGUGAUAGAUCUAUAUCAAGAAACAUCUCGUUCAAUUCUGAUGUUUCAUUAUCACAACCAUUUUAAAAUUAUUUUUUUAAUGCGCAGUUUAAGUUAUAAUCUGUCUUUUAAGAGAAUAUUGCCAACCAGCAAAUGUAAUGUUUUAGCACUCUUGAGAAUGUCAGAUUUUGUUUGCCCGCCAUUGGGCAGAGUAAUAAGAUUCUUUGUUUCUUUUCCGAAUCAGAUAGCAGCUGUAAUGAAGGGCCAAUUAGAUUUGUGUCUCUUUAGCAAGACUUUCAUGCUUGCAGCUGAAGCAAAGACGUUCCUUAGCAAGGUUGCUGGUUUUAUUGGUUUCAUUACAAAAUAAACCUGGCGUAACACUGGCACCAUCAUAUGAGA